AUGGCAGAGAGCAGCCCCACAGUAGUGAAGCGAUGCGAUUCUGCCGUGAGCAUGGAGGCUAUCUCAGCUCUGACGGAGCUGGAUGUUCUGGAGCGGGUCUACCAGCAGCUCUGCACCGAGAAGCAAAGUCCGCCAGCUAGACCUGGCAAAGGCAGUGCUGUGGAUGCUAGCCUGGCCAUGCUUCAAGAGGCGGAGAGACUGGAUGAGGCUGUAACCAGGGGUGAUCUGGCUCAGGUGGAAAGAUUCUUUAAAAUCUUCCCUCUGCUUGGCCUCCACGAUCAAGGCCUGGCUCGCUUUGGCCAGUACCUCUGUUGCCAGCUGGCCUCUAAAGCAGAUGAGAACCUGCUCUUGGCUGUGGGAGGAGAGCUGGGAGAGAGGAGAGCUGCUCUGGUCUUUGCUGACACCCUGACUCUGCUGCUGGAGGGCAUAGCUCGUGUUGUGGAGACCCACCAGCCCAUCGUUGAGACGUACUACGGUCCAGGCUACCUGUAUACUCUCAUCACUCACCUGCAGCAGGAGUGUGCCCGACAGGCCCAGAAAGUAGUUGACAAGUUCAUCCAACAGAGAGACUACCACAACAAGUUUCAAAUCGUCCAGAGCAGCAUGAUGAAGAGUGUGCCCACUGAGAGGAUUGAACCCAGGGAGCUGGAUCCUGUAUUACUGGAAGUCACUCUGAUGAAUGCCAGGUCGGAGCUUUACUUAAGAUUCCUGCGCCGUCGCAUGAUGGCCGACUUUGAGGUUGGGGAUGCUACGGCAACACCUGGCAUUGUCCAAGAGCACAAGCAUAAUGUGGAGAAACUGCUGAGCGCCCACUGCAUGCUGGGCCAGCUCAUGCAGGAGCUGAUUGGCUACUACAUUCCAAUGGAGGAGUACUACAUGAGGGAGACCGUCUGCAAGGCGGUAGCUAUGGAUACAUAUGAGAAGGGUCAGCUGACGUCCAGCAUGGUGGAUGACUGUUUCUACAUUGUGAAGAAGUGCAUCAGCAGAGCUCUGUCCAGCUCCAGCAUUGACUGCCUGUGUGCCAUGAUCAACCACUCAACCUCAGUGCUAGAGUCUGACUUCCGGGAGGUGUUGUAUAAUAAGCUGAGGCAGGGCUUCCCUGCGACCACGCUGCAGGACAUCCAGCGUGGGGUGAGCAGUGCAGUGAGUCUGAUGCAGAGCAGCCUGCAGCAGGCCAAAUUCAACAACCUCGGCAUCGACAGCGCAGAGGUCGCCAAGGCUGCCUUCCUGGUGACUCUGAAUAACGUGGUGUGUAGCGAGAACAUCACCACUCUGAAGAGGAACAUGGAGAGUGAUUGCUCCAAGUUGUUCACUCAGGGAGCAGGAUCAGGAGAGCAAGCUAAGAUUGACAGCUGUCUGUCAGACCUCGUCAACACAUCCAGCAAGGAUCUCUUGCAGGAGGGCCUGACGGAGCUGAACACCACAACCAUCAACCCUCAGGUCAAACCGUGGAUCAGCAGCUUCCUGUCCAUCUCACACAACAUAGAGGAGGAGGAGUUUAAUGAGUACGAGUCCAAUGUCCCCUGGGUCCAGCAGCUCAUCGUCAACCUCGAGCAGCUCAUGGCAGAGUUCAAGGCGGGGCUCUCUUCAGUUAUCUACGACACACUGACCAGCCUCAUGACCAGUUUGGUCUCCAUGGAGAUGGAGAAGACUGUCCUGAAGUGCACCUUCAGCAGGCUGGGAGGGCUUCAGUUUGAUAAGGAGCUGCGUUCUCUGGUGGCCUACCUCACUACUGUCACCACCUGGACUAUUAGGGACAAGUUUGCUCGGCUCACUCAGAUGGCUACCAUCCUCAACCUGGAGCGGGUAACAGAGAUCCUGGAUUACUGGGGCCCGAACUCUGGUCCUCUAACAUGGCGUCUGACCCCAGCGGAGGUCCGGCAGGUUCUGGCGCUCCGCAUCGAUUUCCGCAGUGAGGACAUCAAGAGGCUCUGCCUCUAACUCUGCUACCCAGAGACUGUGCUGGUGCACAUGUUACAUGGGACUAGACUCAUGCUGAUUGGUCUUUGAGGAAAAAGAGGAGUGUGCAGGUGGAUCCCCUGAGAGGAAGUCCCUGCUGCUUCUGACCUCUUCUGGCCUCAUAGGAGGAGGAAGAGGUUGCCCCUAACUACAGAUACAGGGAUAGAUAUUUGUUUAACCCCCAAAUGGUUACAGUUAGGUUUGAGGGUAGGGAGAUCUGAUCCUAGAUCUGUAUUUAAUGCUACUUCUAAUUCUAGCGGCCUCAUACAGCCAAUCAGAGCUAGGAGUAACAGCAGUAAUGAAACUAUGGGAUUGUGGAACAGUGGGAUUAUGGAUUUGAGCCUUUUGGCUUGGAUUAAUAAAUAUUAUGUAACAUAUUAAAUGUAAAAUAUUAAAGUGUUCUCUCGAA